AUGGCUGACGAAGACAGCAAAGCUGACAGGGAGAGCGCAGGGGAUGAAAGUAGCAUGGCCGCGCCCUCUUCUGAGGGCUCAGCAUCUCAUCCCAGGUCCCCAGGCGUGGUGGGAAAUGACCAUGUAAAGAACACUCCCGACGAACCCCCAAAAGUGUGGCCGGAGGAUCGAGCAAUGCUGCUGCAACAAGCCCGCGACUUCCUGGCUACGCCGGUUAUUCAUGCUUCGGAUGUUUCAAAGAAGAGAGGAUUUCUGGAGUCGAAGGGGCUUACCCAUGAAGAAGUCGACUCUUUAAUCGACGAACCUACGGCAGGUUUGCAUUCAACGCCUCCCCCUGUUCCUCCGAAGACAUACAUUCCACCUUCCCCGCCCUCAAAACUUCCGGGGAUGCUGGUGUCGUUGACUCGGGCCUUGGGCUAUGGUGGGGCGCUUGCUGGGGUAGGCGUGAUGCUAUACCAGCGUUACAUAUUCCCACUUCUGAAUGAUUCUUUCGAAUCUCGUCAUAGUCUACGGAUACAUGGCCUCCAGUUGGUUGAACAACUGAAUAAGGAAUUGACGAGCCUUGCGAAACAAACCACCAUGCAGCCCGCCUCUAAUCAGCUAGACAAUCCAGAACAGACAGUUAACGAAUCAUUAUCUGACCCUUCUCCUCAUUCGGUCGAGAGGCACAUAUCUCCCAGAGUAGAGCCCGAGAGGUUGUGUGCAUCCGUCGUACGGCUAGCCGAGGCAGCAACACAAGACCCCAACUCAACAGCUGCGAUAUCACGGUCUACUUCGUUUUCUCGGACGCUGGAGUCGGUGACUGAUCUGAUUGCAUACAUAUCAUCUCAAACAUACCUCAUCCCUGCUGCCUCUUCUUUCCGACUCGGAACGAUGGGUAGUUCUGGUGGCAGCGUAAAUGUUCUUGGUCCCGCUGAAGAAGAGGUCCGACGAGAGCUGAAAGCACUCAAGGGUUUGGUAUUGAACAGACGGUCAUUUGCCCAUGGUGUAUAG